AUUUGGUUUACUACACUGCCGAUAACCAACACUCAAACACACCAAUAUGCGUCUCCAACAACUCGCUCUAUACCUCACCACUUUUCUCGCAGCCUGUCAUGCCCUCCCGAACAACGCCGAAGCGCCCGAAGAGCCCGAAGCCUUCAAAAAGACCUUAGAUGCUCGAGCAGUUGGCGGAAACUGCAACUUCACCGGCGUGUGCCUUGGUCCUGUCGGCAACGAUGUCGGCGAGUGUAUUGGCGAGAGCAUGUCACGCUGUUGCCACGAGAGUUCGUUUUGCUCUCGGGCAGGCAACGCAUGUGAAAUGAGUGGCAGCAAUCCGGCCCUUUGUUCCUAAUGGAAAGGGAUUUGGAGAGCAUGUCGAGAGGCUUUCAGUGAUCCCCUCCGUGAGCAGUGGUUAUCCAACAUAACUGCUAUGACAAUCGUUUAUAUGUCGGUCGCUUCUGAUUAGUGUGGCUAGCACUAAGCUCAAUGGAUG